UUGACGCGGACAUUGAACUUGAACGGAAAAAAAUACGGCAAUUUUUAUAACCGACUUUGCCAGUGUGUACUCCUUGUCUUCACCUAUAUCUAUAUAAGGGUAAAGGGUAUCUGCGGGGGAUGGAGUAGUCGUGCAUUGCUCCAGGUCGUCCCCAGGACUGAAAGGCCCCUCUACCCAAUCCCAGGUUGACCGGUCUUGCUUCGAACUUUCUUUCCCAACAUUUUCGAGUCCGUUCCAGUGCACCCAUCUCCAGCCAUGGCCACCACCGUGGAGAAAGACAAUGGUCACGACCACGUCCAAGAGAGCGAGUACCUCGAACAAGAGCUCAUCACCAACGUGCACUAUGAAGGUGUCGAUGCUCUCACCGUGGCCGCCGGCGUCGAGCCGGUCCAGAAAUUCAGCAAGAACAUGAUAAAGCUGUACUUCAUCUGUGGAUGCAUGUUCCUGGGCGCCACGAUGUCCGGCUACGAUGCUUCCCUCAUGGGGAAUCUCCUCGACCUGCCGUUCUUCCAGAAAGAAUUCAAUGCGACAAUUCUCGGUGCCAAAGCCGGACUCAUCUCCGCCAUGUACAGCAUCGGCGGCGUCUCUGCGUUGCCAUUCGUCGGUCCACUGAGCGAUACCUGGGGUCGUCGCGUUGGCAUCGCAACGGGAUGCCUGAUCAUCAUCAUGGGGACUAUCCUGCAGGGAACCUCCCACGACUUGAAGCAAUAUCUCGCGGGCCGGUUCUUCAUCGGUUUCGGCGUCUCCGUUGCUGGAGCAUGUCCGGCGUAUAUCGUCGAGAUGGUGCACCCUGUGUACCGCGGAACUAUCACCGGCCUGUUCAACUGCUGUUACUAUGUUGGAGCUGUGCUUGCCGCCGCGGUUCUUCGUGGGUGUCUGCACUACGAGAGCAACAAGUCCUGGCUUGUCCCAACGUGGAUUCAAAUGGUCUUACCCUCGAUCCUGCUGUUGUGCUGCAUGUUCUUCCCAGAGUCGCCUAGAUGGAUGUACUCGCAUGGCCAGAAGGAGAAAUGCCGCCAGACGCUGAUCAAGUAUCAUGGCAAUGGAAACCCAACGUCCAUCUACGUCACGUUGCAGAUGCGCGAAUUCGAACAGUAUAUCGAGCUGGAAGGUGCAGACAAGCGCUGGGGGGACUACCGCGUGCUCUUCGACUCUAAGGCAUCGCUCUACCGAGUGAUACUCUGCGCUACUGCAGUGCCAGCGUUCAGCCAGUGGACCGGUCAGGCCGGGAUCUCGUAUUUCUUGCCCGCGAUGCUGGGCACUUUGGGCAUCACGUCGACUGCGGACGUUCUCAAUCUUAACCUCGGCAUCGUGAUCGCCUCGGGUGGUGCAGCCGUUGUCGGCGCCACAUUGAUGGACCGCUUUGGACGUCGCAAGAUGUUGAUCACGUGCUGUGCCGUCAUGGCGCUCAUGUGGGUUGGCAUGGUGGCCUGUCUGGCCGCGUACAACGACAAAGGAAACUCGGCGUCGGCUAAAGGGUCGCUGGCGUUUGUCUUCAUCAUCGGCAUUGUCUUCUCGUUCUCAUACACGCCUCUUCAGCAAUUGUACCCGGUGGAAUGCCUCAAGUACGAGCAACGUGCGAAGGGUAUCGCUUUCGCCACCAUGGGCACCAGCGCGACAUCACUAGUGAACCUCUUUGCGACGCCUAUUGCACUGGAGAAGAUCACCUGGCACACGUACAUCAUUUGGAUCGGCACCAAUACCGCGCAGGCCCUUUACUAUUACUUCUUCAUGGUGGAGACCAAGGGUCAUACGCUGGAAGAGAUGAAUGAUAUCUUCGCCGCAAACAAUCCACGCAAGGCUUCCUUGUUAAGCAAGGCAAAGACUGAGGAGGCUGUCUUCAAGACCAAAGAAGCAAAGAUGGCGGUUGGAUUAUAGUAGUAAUAGGAAGACAGCAAAUAUACCCCUUUGACUUAUGGCGCAAGUCCUCAAUCUUUCAGGCGUGAUGGGAGAGCUUCUCUCCCCACAACCAUGCAAAGAGACCAUGUUUGCCCAUUGGUCGAUUCGCCGCACCACUGGCUGGAUCAUAACCAG